UAUCUGUCACUGUAACUGCCACUCGCCGGCGGCGACUAUGCACUAGCCGCCCCUGCGAUCGGUCGCCGAAUCUUCUUCCCCGCCUUCCGCCGUCGCCACCAUGCGCUAGUACGGUCGACUGCAUGGGUGGUGCCGGGAGACGGCGUACGGGGCACCGUAACCUACCACUUGCCCGCGCUCGGGGUUCGGUUUCUGGACGAAAAUAUACGCCCAAAAUGCAUGAACUACUCCACUAAUUCAACCUGUCACGUUCGACCCACGACUGUUAAUUCGACCCAUGUAUCCACUGACUAGUGUAUUCACUGUAUCACUGGAUAUGUAUAUAUUACCCCGCCAGAUCCAUCGUUUCGAGCCAUCUUCCCCUCACGCACACGCACCGUACCGUUGCCAUGGCAGCAUCCAAGCUCACCCGCACCUUGCCCAUCUCCUCCCUCGCCCCCACGCCUCACGCUGGCCCGGCCCUUCGCUCGCCGCCGACGACUGGAGCUGACACGGGCUUGAGCUGGACUUCAUCAAACAGCGUUGGCCGCGGCACGACCGUGGUGUGCGCUACUGGUGUCGACGGCCAGGACACCACCAUCCAUGGCCAUGGAAGCAGGUGGAAACCAACUGUCUGUGUGCUCCUUGGGGAGCUCAUCAACACAGGAACUAUACUAUUAGGCAAGGUAGCAGUUGAUGGCGGCAUGUUUAUAUUCUCAUUGCUCUGUUAUAGAAGCAUUCUAGGUGUCAUUUUCAUCAUGCCAUUUGCCCUACUCCUCGAAAGAGGGAAGUGGAAAGAAUUGGAUACAAAGGCUCUUGUGUGGCUCUCCAUCAAUGCUUUUGUCGGAUACUCGUUGCCUUUGGCAAUGUAUUACUAUGGGCUACAUGACACAAGCGCCUCCUAUGGUGUGAUCUUCUCAAGUUUGACUCCGCUCUUCACGUUUGUCCUGUCAAUAUUGCUUGGUAUGGAGAGCUUGCGCCUCAAAUCCAAAGAGGGCAGCGCGAAGGUGGUUGGUGCAUUGUUAUGUUUUGGUGGGGCUUUGCUGCUUAGCCUGUACAGCGGAAAGGAACUGCAUCUCUUUACCCCGGUUAUAAAAGGCAUCACUAAGAGUUCUAAUGGAGUAGCAGGAGGACAACAUCAUAUGAGGGGAACCUUGCUUUUGUUGGGUGAUUGCAUAUGUUAUGCAUUUUGGUAUCCCAUACAGGUGAAAGUUUUAAAGGUGUACCCAUGGAAACAUUGGUCAUCAACGUUGACUUGUGUUCUAGGUGGUUUGCAAACAUGUGUCGUAGGAAUAUUUGUGAGGAGGGACAAACUUGCUUGGCAAGUAGGAUGGAACAUUCAACUAUUAACAAUUGUCUACUCGGCUGCACUUGGCACAGCCGCCAAUUAUUGGUUGAAUCUAUACGCCGUGGAAAAGCGCGGACCUGUUUUUCCACCAAUGUUCAACACAUUAUCGAUUGUCUUCACCAUGGUUCUUGGGGCAUUAUUACUAGGAGAAGGCAUCACAGUUGGGAGCUUGUUAGGUAGUGCAUUGGUUUUCAGUGGUUUGUAUAUGUACCUCUAUGGAAAGGCCAGAGAACUCCGUGCGAAGAUGACAUCAGGGUGAAGCAAUGAAAAGCUUCAGGCGCAACCUACCCAUGACUCAAAGUUUGAGGUUCCAAGAUUUGGUCCUUGAUUUUUUGGGAUGCUAGUCUCGAGUGAGCUUUAUGUUAGAAGUUGAUACCACUUUGUUAACGAUUUGACCAAUCCUAAGAUGUGUGAUGGUGCAUUAUUAUUUUCAAGUGAAGUAAACCACUAGUUUAUAGGGUAUCUUUCUUAUUGGAUUGUACAACUGCGAUACCAUAUAGGACAAUAUCUUCAACUUCACAAUACAUGCACACAAAUUGGUGAUUUUGGUCUUAUGUGUUUACAUCAUGAAACGUUCGCUCAAUGUAUUAGUAGGACCCACUGACGCGCAAGGUGUUAGUGUUUUGUUAAGAUAAUACUUUGUAUGU